AUGUUUAUUUCACCACUCUUGCUGAUCGCUUUAUCCUCGAUAGACAAUGCAAGAAAGGGAGAGGCGCGCAGGGUUUUGGAGACAACAUUGCCUAAGGUUCCAGAGCUUCCUAAACCUGAAUUGCCUGAGCUGCCACCAUUGCCUAAGGUUGAACUUCUACCAUUACCUAAACCUGAUUUCCCUGUCUUGCCAAAACCUGAAGUGCCCAAAUUCCCUGAAUUGCCACCUUUCCCCCACUUUCCUGAGUUUCCAAAGCCCACAUUGCCUACCAUACCAACUCUUCCCAAGGACAUCAAGCCACCUCAGUCUACUACUCCUUAA